GCAACAUUACUGUUGAUUCGGUGCAUAUGAAGUUGCCUAUCUACAAUCCCCGAAAAAGUUAACAAAUGUUUAUUUAUUGAUGACCGAAUGAAAUUAUCAAUUUUUAAAGUGAAAACGUUGUGGAAAAUAUACUGGAAUGGCGACCCGUAGUUUAACAGAAGUGUUUAUGUUGAUGCGUAAUAAUGCCAUACGGAAUCGGAACACAUAUGCUGAUCAUAACCAAGAUGGUACAGAACGCAUGCAAUUAAUUGCACUCAAUGAUGCUGAACAAGGCAUAUCUGACAACAAUGAUUCCACAAUUCCUCCAAUGUGGACAGAUCAACUAGAAGAAGCCCAAUAUACAUUGACAAAACUCAAAACCAAGAUAAAUGAGCUGAGAGCAUUACAUUCCCGACAUUUACACCGACCUACAUUUGAUGAGAGCUCUGAAGAUGAGACACUCAUUGAAAACUGCACAGCUGACAUCACAACCAUGUUCAAUCAGGUGCACAGACUUAUCCAGCAUAUUAAAAGUCAUACUUUGGAAGGAACAAUAAAAGAACGCCGCCUGGCUGUGAAUGUAACCCGAUCACUAGCAACAGCAUUACAAGAUUUAUCAGUGCAAUUCAGAGGCACACAGAAUUCCUAUCUUAAACAGAUUCAAUCCAGAGAAGAACGCUCGAAAAUUUACAAUCCCGCCCUUGACGAUGAUUAUAACCUUCUGGACGAGGAUGAGAUUGAUGCGUAUUUUGUGCGUGCCAAAGCGCCGAGUGUCAGUCAACAACAAUUGCUGUAUCUUGAGGAGGAAAACACCCGAAUGGCACAGCAGAGAGAACAAGAAGUGAAUAGUAUUGUUAAAUCAAUCCUGGAUUUAAAUGGGAUUUUUAAAGAAUUAAGUCAGAUGGUGGCGGAUCAAGGUACUAUCCUUGAUCGGAUUGAUUAUAAUGUUGAACAGGGUCAGAUUCAAGUAUUCGAGGGUUUUAAACAAUUGCAGAAAGCGGAUGCGUAUCAGCGGAAAAACCGAAAAAUGUGCGCGAUUCUAACAUUGGGUGCUAGCGUUAUUUUGCUUACAUUUCUUUUGAUUAUUGUUAAGUCUUAAUUGUGAAGAGGUGGGUCAUACUAGUCAUACUUUUACAUUCUUUUUUGCUUAGAUGUUAGUAAAUCAGAAUAUCGAAUCGAGUUGAUCAUAAUUAUGCUUUAAAGAUACAUGUAUAUAUUUGUUGUAUGAAGAACAUUAAUUUUUAUUAUGAAAUAUCCUAAA